AUGAGGAUUAGUGCUGACGCUGGUUCUACUCGUGUGGACCGCGGACAGAGGGAGGUCUCUGGAUCCAGGGGCCGACAGCGGGGUCCUGUCCUUCUCCAGAGUUGCUCCCCGCAUCAUGGCCACAGCCGUCCUCCAGAGCAGCUGUGUGAAUGUGGCUCCACAGCCGCAGCCAAUAUUCAUUUAGCCUGUGAAGAGCGCCCCCUGCUGGACACCUGCGGGAACAUGGGUUGUUUGAGCAACAGCAAGACUGAAGACCAGAGAAACGAGGAGAAGGCCCAGAGAGAAGCCAACAAGAAGAUCGAGAAGCAGCUGCAGAAGGACAAGCAGAUCUACAGGGCCACACACCGGCUGCUGCUGCUAGCGAGACCGGAGAGCGAGACCGGAGAGCGAGACCGGAGAGCGAGACCGGAGAGCGAGACCGGAGAGCGAGACCGGAGAGCGGAGAGCGAGAGCGGAGAGCGAGAGCGGAGAGCGAGACCGGAGAGCGAGAGCGGAGAGCGAGAGCGGAGAGCGAGAGCGGAGAGCGGAGAGCGAGACCGGAGAGCGAGAGCGGAGAGCGGAGAGCGGAGAGCGGAGAGCGAGAGCGAGAGCGGAGAGCGAGAGCGGAGAGCGAGAGCGGAGAGCGAGAGCGGAGAGCGAGAGCGGAGAGCGAGAGCGGAGAGCGAGAGCGGAGAGCGAGAGCGGAGAGCGAGACCGGAGAGCGAGACCGGAGAGCGAGACCGGAGAGCGAGAGCGGAGAGCGGAGAGCGGAGAGCGGAGAGCGGAGAGCGAGAGCGGAGAGCGAGAGCGGAGAGCGAGAGCGGAGAGCGAGAGCGGAGAGCGAGAGCGGAGAGCGAGAGCGGAGAGCGAGACCGGAGAGCGAGACCGGAGAGCGAGACCGGAGAGCGAGAGCGGAGAGCGAGAGCGGAGAGCGGAGACCGAGAGCGAGAGGCGAGAGCGGAGACCGAGAGCGAGAGGCGAGAGCGGAAAGCGGAGAGCGAAAGCGGAGAGCGAGAGGCGAGAGCGGAAAGCGGAGAGCGAGAGCGGAGAGCGAGAGCGGAGAGCGAGAGGCGAGAGCGGAAAGCGGAGAGCGAGAGCGGAAAGCGGAGAGCGAGAGCGGAGAGCGAGAGCGGAGAGCGAGAGGCGAGAGCGAGAGCGGAGAGCGAGAGCGGAGAGCGAGAGCGGAGAGCGAGAGCGGAGAGCGAGAGCGGAGAGCGCUACCACUAUGACAUCAUGACAUCACUAUGA